GGGGUGCGAGCGCCCCGCGUUGUGAGCCCGGGGGAAGCGGCGCGCCUCACUCUUGAGGGAGCGGGAGGAGGGCAGCGCUCCCGGCCCGCGCCUCGCUCUGUGCGGCCGGUGGGUGUUUGUGUCUUAUUUGGGGUACCGGGGCGCCUGGUGAGCCCCCCCCCGCCGCCUUCCCGCCGUGCGAGGAGGUGCCCGCCCCGGCUCCAUUUUGCGGCCUAGGCCGCUGCCCCCGGGUGACUGGUGACCCCGCGGGGCGCAGGGCUAGUGGGGUCGGAAGGGGACCGGGCGCAGCGUUUUCCUGGGGAUGUGGGGAAAGAAAGCCUGGGAAGUGCGGUGUGUGGAUAGAGUGGCCUUCCCAGGUAUAUCCUGUAGCCAAUUCUGGGUUCCCCAGCAUUAGGACAUGGAGCUGUUGGAAUGGGUCCAGAGGAGGCCACGAAAUGACCCGGUCAGAGGGCAGGAGCAGCUCUGCUUUUAGGACAGGUUGAAAGAGUUGGGGUUGUUCAGCCUGGAGAAAAGAAUGCUCUUGGGAGACCUUAUAGCGACUUUCCAGUACCUGAAGGGGCUACAGGGCAGCUCGGGACGGACUAUUUACAAGGGCAUGUAGUGAUAGGUUGAUGGGGAAUGGCUGUAGAUUGGAAGGGGGAAGAUUUAAAUUAGACAUUAGGAAGAAAGUCUUCACGAUGUGGGUGGUGAGGCACUGGUGCAGGUUGCCCAGGGAAGUUGUGGCUGCCCCAUCCAUGGAAAUGUUGAAGGUUGGAUGGGGCCUUGGGCAGCCUGAUCUAGUGGGAGGUGUUCCUGCCCAGAGCAGGGAGUUGGAACUGGAUGAUGUUUAAGGUUCCUUCCAACCCAAACCAUUCUGUGAUUCUGUGAGUGAUGGGGGGACGUGGCUUUGUGGUGGCCGCGCCUUUCGACGUGCAUGGGUGUGGGGGGCUGUCUCUGUUCCCUUUUGUCUUGGCCUGUGCAGCGCUGCAGCCCACAGAGCCCCCUCCCCUUGCCGUGGGAAUGAGGGGCCCUGGUCUCAAGCUGGCCCUCGCCACCGGUGUUUCUGCUGAGACUGAAAUUUCCUGGAAGGCCCGGCGGUGUUUUGCCGGGAUAAGGAGUGUAGAGCUCACCUCGAAUGCUGUGUUUGGUUUUGGGCUGCUCACUCCAAGGACAUUGAAGUGCUGGCGUGUGUGCAGAGAAGGGCAAUGAAGCUCAUCAAGGGGGCUGGAGAACAAGUCCUAUGAGGAGCAGGUGAGGGAACUGGAGUUCUUUAGUCUAGUAAAAAGGAGACUGAGGGGACCCCUUAUUUGUCACUGUCUAUAACUACCUCAAAGGAGGUUGUGGCAAGGUGGGUGGUGGUCUGUUCUCCCAAAUGACCGGUGAUAGGAUGAGAGGGAAUGGCCUCAAGUUGCACUAGGGGAGGUUCAGUUUAGACAUCAGGAAAAAGUUCUUCACCGAAAGGGUUAUCAGGCAAUGGAAAAAGCUGCCUAGGGGAGAGGUUGAGUCAACUUCCCUGGAGCUGUUUAAAAAAUGUGCAGAGGAAGGUGCUGAGGUUUAGUAGUGGACGGGUACAGUUGAACUUGAUCUCAAAGGUCUUUUCCAACCAAACGAUUCAAUGAGAGUGUCCAGGUUAUGGUGUGGGCGGCUGAGUCUGGGCAUGGCACUUUGUGGGGAGGGAUACAAGGCAGUGGCGUGCAGGAGUGUUGUCCCAAAUCUACAGGAGGGCUCUGGCUAAAAGCUCCCAGGCAGCAGGCAGGUACAGGUGUGCAACCUCUCCUGCUCACAUGUAUGGGAGUUUACCCGGUCCAGCAUGGAAACUGCAGCCAAGGCAAUUUACAAUAAAGAUGCUGUAUAACUGGGAACGCGUUGCCUUAUUUGAUUGGAAAACAAGGAGUCACGAUACAUGAGGUGUCUUGGAACAGAGGCGAGCUAAGUGCAAGGAAGACUUGGAGGCUAUUUGUGUAGAUGGGAAGGUUUGCCCCCCAUGCCCCUGCGCUGGCAGCUGUUGCACAGUUGAAGGAGGUGAAAUGAGAGAGUGAGAUUGAUUGGGUGGCACAGCCAAGCAGCAUCGACGGCUUGUCCUGUAACAUGACAGGCACGUUCUAAGGGGUUUUAACAUUACAUUUUUAUGGAUCUGCUGGAAUGAUGUCCUGUGUCCCCUGAAUGCAUUUAUCAGUUGGUGUUUCCUGCUGACAAGACACUGCUUUGCUGCCAGAUGGAUGGUGAUAGCUCCACAACGGAUGCUUCUCAGUUAGGAAUUGCUGGAGAUUACAUGGGUGGCAGCCACUAUGUGAUACAGCCUCAUGAGGACACAGAGGACAGUAUGAAUGAUCACGAAGAUACAAAUGGCUCAAAAGAGAGUUUUAGAGAACAAGAUAUAUAUCUUCCAAUUGCAAAUGUAGCAAGGAUAAUGAAAAAUGCCAUACCCCAAACAGGAAAGAUUGCUAAGGAUGCAAAGGAAUGUGUGCAAGAGUGUGUAAGUGAAUUCAUCAGCUUUAUAACGUCAGAAGCAAGUGAGAGGUGUCACCAAGAGAAAAGAAAGACCAUCAAUGGAGAGGAUAUUCUCUUUGCCAUGUCUACCCUGGGGUUUGAUAGCUAUGUUGAACCUUUGAAGUUAUACCUCCAAAAAUUCAGAGAGGCAAUGAAAGGAGAAAAGGGAAUUGGGGGGACAGUUACAACUGGAGAUGGUCUAAGCGAAGAGCUCACAGAGGAAGCAUUUACUAACCAGUUGCCAGCAGGCUUAAUAACAACAGACGGCCAACAGCAGAAUGUUAUGGUCUAUACAACAUCAUAUCAACAGAUCUCUGGUGUUCAACAAAUUCAAUUCUCAUGAUUUGAAGAAAACUUUGGAUCUGGGAACACGAGAUGGAAAAGCCGUGAAUCUCUAACGAAGAGGCAGUUUUAAUGACUGGUGAAGAGAUUUAUCUCUUUGUAUAUUAAAUAGCUGUAAUGUAGCUACCAGAAGGCUUGACUAAUUAAGGUGUGAAUUCUGACUCAAAUCUUUUUCAUGAUGAUUUUAAAAAAAAAAUUGGAUUUUAAAGGUAUUAAAGUAUUUUUGUUUUGUACAAGAGUUUGUUGCUCUGUAUAACUCCUGUAUGCAUUGUAUAUUGCAAUUUAUUACUGUCAGAGAUUUGUAGACAGUUUCUUAUUUUCAUAUUGAAUCGUUACUUUUGUAAUUCAGGUAAACAGCUGGGUUAAUUCAUGUUUACCCUUCGAAUAAAAUUGUAAGGGUAAAGUUCAUUUUUGAAUGCAAGUUGCCUUUAUUAUAAAGAUUGAGUUGGUCUUGAUGAUGUAACUUGUCUUGCAUGACGACCUCAACUGACUUUACAUGUCAGGAUAUUUAUUGAACUUUUGAAAGGGACUUUUUCCUCAUGAACCAAGCAGCUCAAAAGAAUUGCUAAAACUGUUUUUUUUAAAUGUAAUUUCAGAAUUAAAAGUGAAUCAAAACCAACCAAUGCUCUACUACAUUUAGAGCCUCAGAGCUUAUCAGCACUGUUGAUGAAAACACUGACUGUGUGUGACACAGGUCUUCAUUUCAUUUGUUUUUUCAGUUGCAUUAACUCUCCUGAGAUGGACUUUGAUAUAUUUAAGGUAGUCUUUGUGCUACUGAAAGAACUCUUCCUUUUUAUGUAUGGUUUUUAGC